GGAAGCGGAAGUGAACACGCAGGUACACGUGGGUUCCUCUGUGCGCGUGCUGAAUGCUCAGAGCGGGGAGAGUUCAUCUGGAGAUUGUGUUCAGGUUUAUAGCGCGCGCAGGUCACACCAUCAGGUUUUCACCAUCUACACACUGAAUAACUCACAGCAGUGUGUGUGUGUGUGUAAUCAAAGUAAAAAUACAGUGAGAAGAUGCUGCAGGAGCCCAGAUGGCGGAUUCCACCCAACGCCCCCGCGUGCAUGGAGAGACACCUGGAAUGCGCGCGCUACCGCAGAGAUGGUAUGUUCCUCCUCAGUGCGUCGGGUCUGAAGGCUCGUUGUUGGUUAGGUUCUGUUUGGGUUUAUUCCGACUCGAAACUCGCCCCCAGCGAGGGCUUCUGUAAGGCGGGGCUUCAAACAGAGGCGGGGCUUAAUGAUGUCAACUGGCUGACGGACAGGAGCAUCAUCACAGCAACUGACUCUGGUGCAGUUGAAUUGUGGGAUUUGGCUGAAGAUGAUCGCUUGUUGGUAAACCGAUUCAGUCGUCAUGAACAUGAUGAUGUUGUCACGACGAUCAGUCCAGGAGGCGACGCCCACCACGCCGUCAGUGGAAGCAUGGACUGCAGGGUUAAAGUGUGGGAUCUGAAUCAGGAGGCAGUGAUUAACACCUACACUGUACACUCCAGGGCAGUAAACUGCGUGUCCUGCAGUCCAACUGACCAGUCACUGUUCCUGUCCUGUGCUCAGGAUGGCCGAUUAUUGCUGUGGGAUCGUAGAAAACCCAAACCUGCCUCACGCUUGGAUGUUGUUUCUCCUAGUUGUUCUGUGACUGCUGUUGUGUGGCAUCCAAAUCAAACCAGCACCAUCGCCUAUGGUGAUGAGUUGGGCAGAGUAACUCUGACAGAUUUCCAGGCUGCAGGAAAAACACAGACCAUGAACACACACACGCGCAGAGUGUCGGAGCUCACGUUCUCCUCACACAGUUCUCCUCUUCUUGCCUCAGUGAGUGAUGACUGCACUGUCGCUGUUGUGAACACAGAGUUCAGAGAAAUUUACAGAGACAGUAGACAUCAGGAUUUUGUGCAUGGGGUUUGUUGGGCUCCAGGAGGUUCUGAUGUUCUGACCACUGCAGGGUGGGAUCACCAGGUCCUCCAUCAUAAUGUGCAGGAGACAUGCUCUUAAUUCGCGCACACACACACACACAGCCCCACAACCCAUUGUUUGGGUUUAAUAAAGUGUGUUCAUUCAAACUAAA